AUGGCCGGCGACACCGCCAUGACCAACGAGGCGGCCGGCCCUUCUCCCAACGUCGACCCCGCCAUCUUCAGCUCGCUCCAGGCCAAAAUCGACCAAGAGACAGGCAUCAAGGACGAGCUGCGAGCCAUUGUCGACACCCUCUCCAAGCAAGGCCGCGUCACGCAGUCUAUCCUCUCCCGCGUCCACAACACGCCCACGGCCGAGCUCGAGACCGCAGUGCUGGUGCCGUGCGCGGACUCGCUCGCCGCGCAGGCCGCCACGGUGAAGACGCUCGCCGAUGCGGCCUCAAAGUACCCGUUCUACAAAUGGAACAAUAUCUGGCAACGAGAUAUGCAAAACGUGGUCAGCAGCCUUCAGCUCCACGAUUGGCUCAAGGGCGGCAAUCUGAUCACUCUGGAGGAGGUUGGCCAACGGUUGAACGUCCCCGUCAAUGUCAAAGACGAAGAUACCUUCCACAUCACCAUCGAAGAUUACCUCCUCGCAUUGACGUACACGAUCGAAGAACUCUCCCGCCUGGCUCCCAACGCAGUCACCCUGGGCGACUACGCCCGCCCGCUCCAGAUCUCCAGGUUCAUCAAGGACGUCCACGCCGGGUUCCAGCUGUUGAAUCUGAAGAACGACAUCUUGCGGCGCAGGAACGAUGCCCUGAAAUAUAACGUCAAGAAGGUCGAGGAUGUGGUGUAUGAUUUGAGUCUGAGGGGGUUAAUUCCCAAGAAUGAGUAA